GGCGCGGCCGCGCGAGGUGACCGGAUCGCUGUUCCCGCGGCCGGCAACGCCAGAACGCUCACUGCCUCGAGCAGAUUAAUAUUAAAAUUGGAAAUUUGUAUCUUUUGCUGGAUAUUGGAGAUUGAAUGUAAUGGCAACAGAAUUUAUAAAGAGUUGCUGCAGAGGAUGUUUCUAUGGUGGAACAGAAAAGCACGACUUAUCUGUGGAAAGAGACUUUAAAGCAACAGUAUCAAAUAGUCAAAAUACUGCUGUCUGUAAACCUCCAUUGACUUCCGUUUCUGUAAAGCCUCAGGUUGGCUGUACUGAGGAUUAUUUACUUUCCAAAUUACCAUCUGAUGGCAAAGAAGUACCAUUUGUGGUGCCCAGGUUUAAGUUAUCUUAUAUUCAGCCCAGGAUGCAAGGAACGCCAUCACAUUUGGAAGAACUUGAAGGAUCUGCCAGAGCAUCUUUUGGAGCUAGAAAGGUAGAACUUUCCAGUUCAUCUCAGCAUGGACCCAGCUAUGAUGUAUAUAACCCAUUCUAUAUGUAUCAGCACGUGUCACCUGAUUUGAGUCGGCGCUUUCCUCCUUGUUCAGAAACAACGAAACGAUAUGGAUCGGUUUGUGACUUAAGGACUAAUAGACUUCCCAAUUCCCCUGGACUGAGCAAGUCUAUGUUUGAUCUUACAAGUUCAUCUCAGCAGUUCAUUCAGAGACAUGAUUCAUUGUCCAGUAUGCCCAGUAGUUCUUCUUCAAGGAAAAAUUCUCAGGGGAGUAACAGAAGCCUGGAUACAAUUACUCUAUCAGGAGAUGAAAGAGAUUUGGGGAGAUUAAAUGUGAAAAUGUUUUAUAAUUCUUCAGUAGAGCAGAUCUGGAUCACAGUUUUACAGUGCAGAGAUUUAAGUUGGCCCUCUAGUUAUGGAGAUAAUCCUACUAUUUCUGUAAAAGGGAUACUAACAUUGCCCAAACCAGUACAUUUCAAAUCUUCAGUCAAGGAAGGCUCUAAUACUAUUGAAUUUAUGGAAACGUUUGUAUUUGCUAUUAAACUGCACAGUCUACAAACUGUAAGACUUGUAUUUAAGAUUCAAACGCAAACUCCUAGGAAGAAAACUAUUGGAGAAUGCUCACUAUCACUCAGAACUCUUAGCACACAGGAAAUGGAUUACUCUUUGGAUAUAUCACCACCUUCAAAAAUUUCUGUUUGCCAUGCAGAACUUGAACUGGGGACUUGUUUUCAAGCGGUAAAUAGCAGAAUUCAGUUACAAAUUCUUGAGGCUCAAUACCUUCCAAGCUCAUCAACACCCCUGACUUUGAGUUUUUUUGUGAAGGUGGCAAUGUUUAGCUUGGGAGAGUUGAUUUAUAAGAAGAAGACGCGCUUAUUGAAGGCCUCCAAUGGAAGAGUAAAGUGGGGAGAGACUAUGAUUUUUCCACUUAUACAAAAUGAAAAAGAAAUUAUUUUUCUCAUUAAGCUUUACAGUCGAAGCUCUGUAGGAAGAAGACACUUUGUGGGGCAGAUUUGGAUAAGUGAAGACAGUAAUGACAUUGAAGCAGCGAACCAGUGGAAAGAGACAGUUACAAAUCCAGAAAAGGUUGUUAUCAAGUGGCACAAAUUAAAUCCAUCUUGAAGACCUUGCACAUUAAUUUGGUGACAAACUUGACAUUCUUUUAGAAGACUUAUGAUUUCAAUUUGCUACCAAUUUGAAGAGACAGAUCAGUACAUUUAUCAAUUUAUUUAUGGAGGCCAUAAUUAUAGUAUAUAAUGGAUCUAAUAGAAAAUCAAACUUGGUGAAAAAUGGGAUGAAUUUUACCACAUAUCCAAAGUAAAGGAAAUGCUUUAAAACGGGCCGAAAUAGACAAUAAAAUAAAUGGGUAGUAUUACUAGGGCAACUAAAUAAAUUAUAAAGUCAAUGGGAAUAUCAAUCAUAGAUAGUUGCUGCUAUAUUAUGUUUAUAGGCUUUUUAAAGCUUUACAUAGAUAUUCAAAAUCCACUAUAUCAAGUCUCUGUUAGUACUAGACUUUACCACUAUUUCAGUGCUAGUCAAGAUUGAUUAGAUCUUAACUCCACUGUUUAACCCCUCGCUACAUAUUUUCCCUCAAAGCAGCAAUGAAUUGAACCACUUCAACUCUUCUCAUUUGGGGAAUGUUUGUGGCCUGUGUUUUUCAUUACUUACCCUUAAGUCAUCACAUUGUCACUUAGUAAGCUAUUUAUCUCUAAGAAACUUCAGAUAUAGAAAACUACAUUUUGGCAAGAAUAAAUGAAAACACCAGAAGGUUGAAGUUUAAUUGGAAACCCAGUGUACACACAUUUUGCUAUGUUUCCUCUUUCACAUCCUCUUUGUUUUAACUGGAGUUGAAAUAAGGUUAUCAUCCAUAUGGCCCAUCCUAAUUAGCAGAAUUAAAUGAGCUUAAAUAGCAAAUUUAAUAUUUUAUGAUAGUCACUUCCUUGUUUUUAGUUUUUUAAAUAUAAAUUGCUUGUUCUAUAAUCCACAACAUUAGAAUAUGUUCCUGUAUUUUAAAAGUGGCCAUACAUGAUAACAUUAUGUAGCAAAUAAAUAUUUUCUGUUGCAGUUUCUCUCGGAUACUCAUUACAACUCAGUAUGUAGGGAUAAUUUCAGUUUAGUUGGUCAGACAAGCUAUGACCAAAAAGCACAGUUGUUUGGAGAAACCAAUAACACCAUCCCUGAUCUUGGAAAGUAGUGACUUUAUUUUUGCUAAUGGGUAGACUAAGUGCUUCAUCUUCCAUUUUUCUUUCUCUCUUACCUUGUACCACACAUGCCAAGAGAUAGAUAGUGAUAUUUUAGGCCACAAGUAUACUUUGCUGUAACUUAAGCAUGCCUUUUUCAUUUCUUGUUCUGUGUAUCUCAUUAAGAUUUUCCCAAAUAAACACUAAUUCCCCUUUUCCUAGGUACCACCUCCUCAAGCUACUAAAUGUACAUACUUUACAUGCCCUUGGCUUCCGGUGCCUAGAGUUUAUGGUAUACCGGGGAUGUUGACAGGUACUCUUUGACACUGUAUUUUGAAAUAAUUUUUUUUUUUAGAUUUGUGAAAAAUGGCAUAUUAGUGAGUACUCACAUGGACUUUCAAGAGAAAAAUCACCUUUUGUGGUGGUAUUUUGAAUCUUUGAGACAAAUGGCAACUAUUUUAAAAGAUUUUUAAAAAAUAGACUUUGUUUUUUAGAGCAGUUUUAGGUUCACAGCAAAAUUGAGAGGAAGGUACAGAGAGUUCCCAUAUACCCUCUACCCCCGCAUUUAUACAGUCUCCCCCACUAUCAGCACCUUGCACCAUAGUAGUACAUUUGUUAAAAUCACUGAACGUUCAUUGACACAUAGUAACCCAAAGUCCAUAGUUUGUAUUAGGGUUCACUUUUUAUGUUGUACAUUCUGUGAGUUUUGACAAAUACAUAAAUGACCUGUAUCCACCACUCAUAUCAUACAGAGUAGUUUCACUACCCUACAAAUCCUCUGCAAACACAACCAUUUUAAUAGCUACCAAAGAAGGAAGUGUACUGGCUUUUAGAUAAGUAACAGACUUUAUUGUUUUAAAAAAUCUAGAAUUUUAUUUGAGCAGUUUUUUUGUGUUCUAGUAAUGCUUUCAAUUCCUAAAUUUAUUAUAAGUAGUCAUGUAUUUAAUGCAAUUUCUAAUUAUUUAAUUUUCAAUAUUUUUACAAUUUGUGUGUAAUGUAUAAUUUGAAGGAAAGGUAUGACUUCUUGGUUUCUUGUAUGCCUUAGAAUCCUAGGUAAAUAAAAAAAUUAAAAGAAAACCUUUUUAUUUAAAAGACUUCAGUUAGAGAAGUGUUGACAACUAAGAUCCCAGAUAUUUUAAUUAGUGUUUACUUAAGCCUUUUUCAGAUGAAGAGGUACUGAAUACAGGUGAUAUUCUUAUUGUUUCCUUAAUAGCUACUCAUGUUAUGAGAAAAACAUUAGAAACUGGUAAUAAAAAAUGAGAUACUAUGCAAAAAUAUCACUUCUCUUUGUACUUACUUGGCAUUUCUUGGCCUUUACCCACUUAUAACAGUGAGAGAACCAAAAUGAUACUUGGUAACCAGAGAAAGCCAUGGAGAGCUCACACUGAUAGCUGAUAGUUUGCACAGUGCUAAUCCCUAACAGUGUAUUUAUUUAUAAGUCUUCAGAUUAAUACAAUUAAAUAGCUGCAGUCCAUAUCAAAACAUAACAUCUCUGUUUGGCUUUUGUUUGGUUUUGUAUGAUUUUUUAGCAGAACUAGAGAACUUACCACUGAAGUAUAUCAGGUAAGCUCUUAUCAGACUGUUCAGAGGGAACCAGUGGGAUUUUGACGUAAGUUACAUAAUUGUGGUCUGAAAAUAACCUAAACUGAUCUUCUGUUUGAAUACAGUUAUGUGAAUUUCUCUGAUACUAAUGUACAGAAACUAUAUUUCCCAACAAAAGUUUCCACUGUUUGUUUAAUCAAAUAAUUGUUUCUUUAUGAAGGAUUUCAGAAAUUUGCAAUAAAUUUCAACUCUUUAUGUUAUGGCA